CCUCAGAGUGAGAGGACAGAAAAAAAAACCAACUAAGUCGUUUAUAUCGUGCUAAGUUACGGUGUUUUAGUUUCGAGCAGUUUUUUUUGUGAAUUUUUUUGUGCGUUCUUUUUCUAGAAGUGUGAUUUGGAUUUUUUGUGUGAAGUGGUGAGGGAUUUUAAGCACCUCUACCAACUACUAGCACCAUCUGUUGUGGAAUAGCGGAACAAAAUGAUUAGUUUAAUGUCGCUACUUGUCGCCGCGACGCUAGUGUCGCUACAACACAGCUUCACAAAUGCACAAAUUGACAACUCAAAAAUGGAUAUCGACAACUCAUUACAAGCUAAUGUAUUAACCCCUCCGACCCGGCGAAGCCGCUUCCACAAGUUCCUCUCAAUAUCGGAGCCGCCGCCAGCGACCGCCACGUGGAGCCCCGACACCCCCGUGGAACUCAGCUGCGGGUUCAUGGGCAAACCGGCGCCCAUCGUCAGCUGGCUGAAAAACGGCGAGCCGAUAACUGAGUAUGAAGAAGAAACAAAUGACCUGAUAGCCGAAGAGCCGUCGAGCAUAGCGUCCGGGACCUCCACCCUCAUCAUCAGCUCUUCCACCGGCCAUGCUGAGGAUGUCUACACUUGCGUGGUGACCUCGGGGACUACGCAGAAGACCGCGUCUACCACUGUUUAUUCUACCCCUGCAAACGAAGCCGACGAGCUGCUCUCCCUGCAGAAGCUGUUCAACGUGCCGACGCGGCCGCGCAUCGUCAUGUCCUACGUCGACAUGUUCCAGGUUCUGGGCUCCAAUGUGGUGCUCCCCUGCCAGGUGUACACGUUUGAGAAGUCGCAGAUCUACUGGCAGGACAACCAGGAGCACUUGGUGUAUGGGAACUCGCGAGUUAGGGUGCUGCCAUCUGGCUCCCUGCUCAUAAACAACCUGCGCUGGAGCGACAUGGGCAUGUACACUUGCACCGUCAAGAACAUGCUCGGGAAAGACUCGGCCUCCACCUUCGUGUACCCUAUGAAGACUAAAGCGCACUAAUUCUACAAAAUGCCGAAAACCUCAGCGAGUUACCCGCCGAUUCCUUAAAUAACUAUAAAAAAAUCUAUGUUCCUAUACUUAAAGUACCUAUAGUGAAGUAAAGAUAGGAAAACUUAAUUUAUUUAUUACAUAUUUUAGCAUAAUAUUAGUUGAAUGUUGUAUUGGAGUGACGAAUUAUGAAUUGUAAGACUUUGACCUACCCAGGGCUUGUGUACUUAAACGUAUUGUUAUUAUAAUCAGUAAUUAUUAUCAGUUUCGGCCAACAGAUGGCGUUUUAUACAAAAUAGUAUUUUUUUAAAGAAAUGUCCUCUCUAUGCCGUGUUUGUUUUGUAUUUUUUUUAAUAAUA